AUGGCUGUCAAUUUUGAAGAUGAUGACAAGUUGCAACAUUGUAGUCUUCUUGCUACUAGAUCAUUAGUACAAAAGAAAGAGGAUCCUAGAGUAUUUACUAUUCCAUGUACUAUUGGUAUGUUGCGUUUCACAAAGGUCCUAUGUGACUUUGGUGCUAGCAUUAAUCUGAUGCCACUGUCUAUAUACAAAAAGUGGGGCUUAGGAGCCCCCAAAGCGACUGCAAUGCGGUUACUUAUGUCUGAUCAAACUAUGAAGAAACUGAUUGUGGUGCUUCAAGAUGUCCUUAUGAAAUUUGAGACGUUUGUCUUUUCGGUGGACUUUUUGAUACUAGAUUGUGAAGUUGACUUUGAGGUCCCCAUCAUCUUAGGGAGACCAUUCCUUGCUACAGGAUAUAUGAAGCAUGAAAGUGAUCUUAAGUCGGUGUCGGUAGUGAAUCAUAUUGUUGAGGAAGAACCAGAAGUGUCUAUUGAAGAGAGGUUGGGUGUUGAAGCACGACUGGCUGAAAUGAAUACAAGGUCUAACCCAAGGAGAGUGGAAACAGAGAUUGUUAAUGAGGGAGUUCCUCCCAAAGGUGAUCAAGGUCCUCAAGGUGACCAAGUGCCUUAA